GCACCGCCGUUCCCUUGGCUGAAGGAGCCGCAGCAGCGCCACGUCUCGGGCAGGAGGGAGGGGAGGCGAGCGGGAGGCCGGCGCAGGCAGGCUAAGGUAAUGAUCUCCAGGAAUCUCUGAGUUGCCUGCUGACCGGAUUUGGACUGAAUUGAGUUGCAUACCGUAAAGCAACAGAGGCAAGAGGCUUAAUGUUGUCUACUCCUGUGCCAGCAACAUUGCUAAUGGAUAGAAACAGGCCUCGGUAGUUUGCUUGAAAAAAAUAUUGUUCGGCUGGGAAAAUACAUUUUCCCCUUGCAUCCUGAUAACAGUCAUGGACUCUUCCCUGAUCCUGGUGGAGAAACAAGCCAGUAAUGGCACGCCGUGCAGUUCUGAGCACUGUGCAGACCUCGGAGCCAAACUGAGCCAACCGGCAGAAGAAGAGGGUGCUGGUGUUGCUAACGUAAAUGACAGCAAAAUGCCAACUGAAGAUGCAGAUCUGGUGCCGAAUAGCAAUGAGAACCCUACUGCCAAUGGACCAGCAUCUUACUAUCCAGAAUCCCCUGUGCCUUUUGAGCCGAACGGCAGCCCCGGUGUGAAGGAGCCAGCUCCAGGUGUGCCUGGUUUCCAUGAAAACCUAAAGUCGUCUCAGGGAGCUAGUGCUGAGGGCGUAGUUCUUAGGAAGGAAACGUUGCAGUCCCUCAAACUAAGCCUUCCCAUGCAAGAAACUGAAUUGUGUUCCACAGGCUCAUCUCUCCCACUGGAGAAAGAAGAACAAAUCAGACUGCAGGCAAGAAAGCGCCUGGAAGAGCAGCUCAAACAGUACCGAGUGAAACGGCAGCAGGAAAGACAGUCCACGGCAAAGGCCCGCCCCUCGAGUACACUUGAUCCUGAGCUGAUGUUAAAUCCAGAGACCCUGCCACGGGCCAGCACCGUAGCCAUGACAAAAGAGUACUCCUUCUUGCGAACCAGUGUCCCACGGGGGCCGAAAUUGGGAAGCCUGGGACUGCCGGCACACUCGAAAGAGAGGAAAAGUUCCAAAUCGUCCAGGUCAAGCAGGAUCCGCUCUCUGGCUGAUUAUCGAACUGACGACGCAGAUGGGGAUGCUGGGGGGGCUGCCCAGGUGGCUGAUUCACCAGGCGGGACUCUAAAGCAGAAUCGAAGCAGCGUGGCAUCGGUUGUGUCUGAGAUCCGGCUGACCCCUGAUCCGGAUGACCGGCUGGAGAACUCCUCCUUGGCGGGGGAUAGCCUGUCGGAAAUCGACGGGAGCGAAGUAGGGAUGAGGCUGGAUGGCAAUGAAAGCGACAGCUCUACCUACAGCAGCGUAUCGGGAAGGGGGGCAUACAGCACCUUACCCAGUGCAGAGAGCAGGCAGGGUAUCUCGUUCACCGUCAAUGGCCAGGAGGUCCCACUGGAUGCUGUUGGGCAGUUUCCUUCCAUCCGGGAAGUCCUGCAGGCUGCGGCCACGGAGCACCAUGCCCAGGAUCAGGAAAUCAAUGGGGAGCCCCACAGCCGGAGAGACAGCAUUUCCAGCAGUAUAUCAAUGGAAAGCUCUAUCGCAGGCACCCACGAUGAGAUGCUGCAGGUGCUGAAAGAGAAGAUGCGGCUCGAAGGACAGCUGGAGGCACUUUCCUUGGAAGCUAGCGAGGCUCUCAAAGAAAAGACAGAACUGCAAGCCCAGCUCGCUGCUUUGAACAUGAGGCUUCAGGCCCAGAUGGAGCAUGGCCAGAGCAGCCAGCAGAAGCAGGACUCGCUGAACUUGGAAGUGGCUACCUUGAAGCAGUCCUGCUGGGAUCUGGAAAGAGCCAUGGCCGAACUGCAGGCAGCCCUGGAAGCCAAGAACGCCGGCCUGGCUGCUUCUAAUAACGAUCUCCGGGUGGCAGAGGAGCAGUACCAAAGACUGAUGGGGAAAGUGGAAGACCUGCAGAAAAGCGUCCUUAGUAAAGAUAGCACAGUUCACGAUCUCCGACAGCAGCUUUCUUCUUUACAAAGCCAGCUCCAGCAGGUGCAGCUGGACCGCACAUCACUGGGCAAUAAGCUAAAAUCAUCUCAGGCGGAGAUUGAGUCGCUGCAGAAAGUACGGGGCUGGUACCAGCAACAGUUGGCAGUGGCGCAGGAGGCGAGGGUCAGGCUGCAGAGCGAGAUGGCAAAUAUCCAGGCUGGUCAGAUGACUCAGGCAGGUGUGCUGGAGCAUCUCAAGCUAGAGAAUGUCACACUGUCUCAUCAAUUAACGGAGACACAACACAGAUCUAUCAAAGAGAAGGAGCGUAUAGCUACACAGCUGCAAAAUAUCGAGGCAGAUAUGUUAGACCAAGAAGCAGCUUUUCUGCAAAUUCAGGAGGCUAAGACCAUGGUGGAAGAUGACCUGCAGAGGAAACUGGAGGAGUUUGAGGAUGAGAAAGAGCAACUUCAAAAAAUGGCUGAUUCUGCAGCAAUGCUGGAACAGGAACUAGUACAGGCCAAGUUGACACUGCAUCAGCGAGAUCUCCAGGUUGAGGCUCUGCAGCAGGAGCAGCUGGACCUCAUGAAGCAGCUGACAUCCACUCAGGAGACGCUGCAGACCCGGGAACAGUCCCUGGAGCACCUGCAGACGCGUUACGAUGAGCUGGAGGCCAGGCUUUCAGAAUUGCAGGGGGAUGUCACCUCGAAGGACGAAACCAUCCAGUAUUUGCAGAACGAGAAGAUUGUCUUAGAGGUGGCUCUGCUGGCAGCAAAAUCAGGCAAAGGAGGACUUGAAGAAGGAGUCCAGCGUUUAGGGGAGAGUGCCGAGUCGACAGCAGAGGUUUUGGAACAACUGAGGCAAGAACUAGCUGUAAAAUCAAGUCAGGUGGAAAACCUACAACGCGAGAGUGUGAACCUCAAGAAGCAGACACAAAAGGUGAAGGAACAGUUUCUUCAACAAAAGGUGAUGGUGGAAGCGUACCGCAGAGAUGCAAAUUCAAAGGACCAGCUAAUUAGUGAACUGAAAUCUACGAAGAAAAGGUUGGACUCUGAAAUGAGAGAGUUAAAGCGGGAGUUUCUGCAGCUUCAGGGUGAAAAGAAAUCUGUGGAGGUGGAAAAUGCAAGAUUGGCAAAGGAAGCAUCCCAGGUUCAGCAGCAGAUGGAGGAAUUGGAAAGCCAGCUGCAAGCAGCGCAGAAGGAGCGAGAUGGCAUGGAGACAGAACUGCAGUCCUUGAAGUUUGACAGGGAACAAAUGUCUGCUCUUGCUGAGACGAAUGAAGCAUUAAAGCGACAGAUCGAAGAAAUGCAACAGGAGACCAAAAUGGCUCUUACUGAACAGAAGCAGAAAAUGAAGCGGCUGGGAUCAGAUCUCAAUACAGCCCAAAAGGACAUGAAAGCUAAGCACAAAGCCUAUGAGAAUGCAGUCGGGAUCCUUAGCCGCCGACUGCAGGAGGCCCUCGUGGCAAAGGAAUCGGCCGAGGCAGACCUGAGCAAGUUAAAGGCACAGAUCACCGAUGGGGGAAGUAGCCACGCCGGCUUGGAAAGAAUUCAAGUUCUCGAGGCAGAAUUGCAGACUCUUAGCCACAGCAAGAUGGUCCUAGAAAAGGAGCUGCAAGAAGUGAUCUCACUCACUAGCCAGGAACUAGAGGAGUACAGAGAAAAAGUCCUUGAACUGGAAGAUGAGCUGCAAGAAGCGAGGGGUUUCCGACGGAAGAUUAAGCGUCUGGAAGAACUGAACAAGAAGCUCUCGCUCGAACUGGAACACGAGCGCGGGAAACUCACUGGUCUUGGCCAGUCGAACGCAGCUCUGCGAGAACACAACCGCAUCCUUGAAGCAGCCCUGGCCAAGAGAGAGGCCGAUCUGGUCCAGCUGAAUCUUCAGGUCCAGGCAGUUCUGAAGCGCAAAGAGGAGGAAGAUCAGCAAAUGAAACAGCUCAUUCAGGCCUUGCAGAUGGCCUUGGAAAAAGAGAAGACAAAAGUCAAGGACCUUAAAGAACAGGUCGCAGCAGCGAAAGCUGAAGCGGCGCACAAUCGCCGUCAUUAUAAAGCUGCUGCCCUCGAACUCACAGAGGUUAAGCGAGAGCUGCAGGCCAAGGAGGUGCUCAUCCAAGCCCUCCAGGUGGAAGUGGACAAACUGCAGGUUGAAGAUGGGAAGCAUUCAGAGGAAGUGUCCCAGUUCCAGCAAGAGCUGGAGGAUGCCCGGUCCCAGCUUCAGCUUCUGCAGAACCAGUUGGAUGAGCAACUCCGCAAGCAGCCGGUAGAAAACCAAGAGGUUGAAGACCUCAAGUGGGAGGUUGAACAGAAGGAGAGAGAAAUCCGAACUCUGAAGCAGCAGUUGGACCUGACUGAGCAACGCAACCAGAAAGAGUUGGAAGGAGUACAAGCAUCUUUGCAGGACAUCAAGGCAGAAUUGGAGAUUGUCCGGGACAAUUUGUCCUUAACUCAGAAAGACAAAUUCAUGCUUCAGGCAAAAGUGACUGAACUGAAGAAUGGAAUGAAGACUCUGCUACAGCAGAAUCAACAGUUAAAGCUGGACUUGAAACAUGGAAAAAUGAAAAAGAGAAAAGAAGCAAAGGGAGAGACAAACUCUUCAAAUCCCGUGACACCUGUGAAGAUUCCCGACUGCCCCGUACCAGCAGCGUUGCUGGAAGAGCUGUUGAAACCGGCCUCGUCCAUCAGUAAAGAGCCACUUAAAAACCUGAACAGCUGCCUCCGGCAACUCAAGCAGGAGAUGGACAGCCUUCAGCGUCAGAUGGAAGAGCACACAAUUACAGUUCAUGAAUCCAUGUCCUCAUGGACCCAGAUAGAAGGACAAUUAAUGGACCUGACUUCUAGCUUUCCUGCCGCAGCGCUGGGCAACCAGAAUCUUCCUGCUGAAGACCCAAAAGAAGAUCUUCCAAGUGCUGGUGAAAACAAAGAAUUGAUGCAGUGAUCUCAUCGCCCAUCCUUUUACUUUGUAACAGCUUAUUUUAUUUUUUCCCUAAAAACGUUUUAGAGUUCUCCAUUGGUCACUUAUUUUAAGAAGAGGAAAAAAGUCAGAGGCAACGUAUUUGAAGGUUAUGCUUUAUUAACAUUUUUUCAACUGAGUCAAAUUUACUUGAGCUAAUGAUACUGGGGUGCAGCAGGGAAGGAGAUGUACUGGUUGGUCCAUCAAGAGAUUCCCCAGAAGACUAAAAAUCUUUCCCCUACCAUUCAGGAAUGGCUAUAUGGAGAGAGAUUUGGCUGUGAAGCUGAAUUGGCUUCAAUAGUUUCCACUUUUAAAAAAAAUGGUUUGGUAAACAAGUUUGAUAAUGAGCCAGUCAUUUUCAGAGCCAGAGGUCACACCAACUCGGCAAACUGAUGCUGAUAUUAGGUUCAGGCCAGGCUUUCUUGCUUAGAAACACACCUUGAUGGAUGCAUUAAAGGUGCGUAGCGGAUGAAGCAAUUAGCGCUUGGGGGUUAUGAGUCCCAAACCAACCAUUUUGAAGUCGUUCUAUGGCAAAGGACUUGGAUGGAGGAUCCACAACCAAAGGCCCACAGAGAGUGCGAUUCACUUUGGCAGACGCCUUUUGCACAUUGCUGUUGAUGCUGCAUCGUCUUUUCAGGACAUCUCCAGGGCAGGGUGUGUAUAAAUGGUCCAGUUGUGUUCUGUCCUGGAGUAUCUGUUUUUAAAAUGGUUUUAUUCAGUAGGUUACACAUGACUAGGUUUUGUUCGAUGUUGUUGCAUCUUAAUGCUUUUUAAAAAAUACUGUAUAUAUGGAGCCUAGAAAAGUUUAGCCCUAAAAUCAGAGCUUUAAAGGAGUUAGUUACUGUACUUUUCAGAGGGGAAUGUUAUAUACUGCCUAUAAAAUCCCUUUCCUCCUCCUAAAACCCAGUUAAAAGCGAAGUUCCCAUGUAGCCUGUUUUGCAGAUACACACUGCUGAGCUAUAAAUAGCAGACUGAAACAACA